UCGGAUUCCGCAUUCGCCCAUGGAAAUGGAGGUGCACGAAAUGGGUACUCCUGCGUCGGCUACAGAGACUUCUCUGUCCCGCGAGGCGGUUCAGAAGGCGGUCGAACGUCUCCACAAAGUAACUGAGGAGCGGAAGCGCUGGAUUUAUAAGCGAGACGAGACACUGAAGCGCAAGGAAAAGCUGCUUCAGCUGCUUCAGCGUCAAGACCCCGGUACUUUGAGCAUCGAACGUAUUGAGCCCCAGAAGGCGAAGCAGGAGGCAGAACUGGCUAAGCAAAAGGAAACAGUAGCGCCAAAGGCAGCAGCGAUGGCAGCGACGCGGAAAAAGGAGCUCAAGGCGCUGCAGGCGCACGCGGAGGCGGCUCAUGAGAAGCAGCAGGCGGCUGCGAUUGUGUUGGCCAGGAGCCUGAAGCUGCUACAGUCAAAGCGCAAGCGAGAAGUGAAAGAAGAGGACCCGCAUCCAAGAAAGAAAGUUGACGUGGGCAGCAAGAAUGAAGUGAAAGCAGCAAUUGCUGCUCCGGAGAUGCAUACCUUUGCUUCUGCUCCAGCGUUGGAUGUGGGAACGACGGAGUUGGCCACGGCUGCAUGCCUUCGCAUUGCUACACGCUAUCUUACACAAACGGGAAAGAUAAUACCGAGAGAAAACCUGGAGCAGGCAUUUAAGACUUAUACAGGCAAGGUCCUGGAGGAAGUUGUAGAGUGGUCUUUGGUGGAGCACUCUCUACCCAAUUUGGUUGUUGGUGACACGGCGAAAAAUAUUCAACCGUGGAACCCAGCACGGAGGUCUGUGUGCUGGCAGCCGGGGCGUCGAUUUUUGAAGACGCCAACAUUCAUCUCUUCGGAUGCUGGUCGAAUCCAGGCGUUAAUUGAACUCGAGAAGGAUGUGGUGACAUCAGUUUGUGACUCGUUGCGAAUGGCAGAUAGUGCAGACAAGAGCGCAGCACUUAUCAGGAGGCGCCGACAAAGGUUCUUUUUGGCGAACCUGCUACCUGAUGGCACAACAGCACCUACUCUUUCUGGUGUUCUUUCCGCCUGUGUCGGGGUCAAUUUGGUGAAAAUGGCAACCAGCAACAAUUUAAGGAUUUCAUAUCGAUCACACGGACAAAUAGCCGGCGUUUUUGGCAACAUGGAGACGUGGCUUCGCGAGCAAGCCGAAAUGAGCGAGCCGCCCUGCAGUUUGUCGCCAAGAUUCGAUAGACAGGGUGGAUCUCGUGGAGCUCGAGAGAUUUUUUUCUCUUCGAAAUACGCUAAGCCGUUUUCUGUGACACACGAUUCAGUUGUUAGACAGCUGAGGGGAGGUGCGCUGAAGUCUACUGGUUCGAAAAAGAUCGAUCCUAUGAAAGUGCUGUGCCACUAUGAGCUAAAUGGCGUUUGCAACGACAAGAACUGCUCCAACUAUCACCAGAAAGAUUACGAGUCAGUUGUGAACGAGAAAAGCAAUCUCAGCGACUGCUCUGGUGAAGAUGCGGAUGAUGUUGGGGCUACUAUGGAGAAAUUGGACGAGAUGGAUCAGUUGCUGGUGUCGUUUGCUGAGUUUCGUGCACGAAUUAUGCCAAAAUGGCCCGUUAUCACUAGUACUACGGCAUCUGCAACAACAGGAAGAAAGAGUAACGACGCAGCAGAUGUGCCUUCAUCAAGCAGAGCUGACGCAGUCUCGCCCGUCGUACAAGAUGCGGAGGAAAAACCCAAAGAAAGCAAUGACGACUUCAUCGUUCUUGACAGUCGACAAGAGCUUCCUGACAUUGGUGACGCUCGUUACUUUGACGAUAUUGACUCCCGAAAGGUCUAUGGUGAAAUGCUGCAAGCAAAAGUGGAGAAAACCCCCAGUGCCACUGAUGCAUGGCUUCUUCUCGCUAUUUUUCAGCUUGGCCUUGACGUUGGAAUGGGUGAUGAGGCUGUGAAUUUAUCGGAUGACGAUCUCUUGCAGCAACAGCUUCUUUUCCUGUGCAAGGAGCUUAAUUUGAACCAACGCAGUGGCGUCUCUCGAACUUUGGCUGCGGAUGAAGCAAACUUAAAACGGUGUUUGCAUACACUGUCUCGAGCCUUAGAAGUUGAAGAAAAUGCGUAUUGUGAAGCACUCUGGCUGCUAUAUCUUCGUCUAUGCAGACAAGUGACCAAUCGGCAGACGGAAAUCGACAUGGUGGAGCAAGGCGUCCAAUUUCUGCCGAAUUCGCAUGCGUUGUGGCUUCGUUAUAUUUCGACUUACGACUUCGAGUCGGUGGGCAUGGCAGAGGGGAUUUACUGGCGGCUUCUGGAGCAUAUUGCGCGAACGAACUCAGCUGAAGAUGGAUCAAAGACACCAACUACAACUAAGGAGGUGUCCAUUCUAUUGACGGCGAUAUGUUAUCAUCUUUGUAUCAAGCUGUGGCAUGCUGGGGCGACAAGUCGAGUGCUCGAGCUUUUGUCAGCGUUGCUGCAGCUUGGCAACGAAUCUCCGGAGUUUUCGUGGUGUAGUAUGGUGCGUGAUCGAUUACGUGGUGAUGAGUUGAUAGUGUUUUCUUUGGUUUUCGCGCAUAUACUGCUCUUCAAGGAACUGCCUGGACUGAUUGAGCAUUGGGUAGCAGCUAGCAGCAAUGAAGGCAUUCCAAUGAAAGGAUUGUCGUAUACUGCCGAGUUUUUACGUGGACGCGACGGUGAUAUUGAUAAAGGAGCCUUCACUCGAGCAUUGAAAGCGUAUGAACUCUCGUUUCAGACAUUUGAAAAAGACUGCGGUGGGAUGCGCGAUGCCGGCAACGUGAUAUUGAGCAACUGGAUGCUUAUACUUGCAAUGCAGCAUGGUAGGAGCGAUAAAAACGAGCUUCUUUCCGCGUUUUUUCGGGACUAUUUAGACAAGAUUUCAUACUACCCUGGCGCAUCUCUCACAGCGGCUAAGUUAAUGGGGCUAACGUCGACUGGUGAGCAGCAGGCGCAUCAACUUAUGCUUACGAUGAUGAACCGGAGUACAGAAACCCAGUUUCCAGAAGCUUUACAUCAUUACCUAUUCGCUUGUCGCCAGUCUUCAGCGCUCGUGGAUGCUUUGGAUAAAACCUUUCCGGAAGUGAUGAAGCGGCUGGCAAACCUUUUGAAUGUUGAUAUUGAUAAAGUGGAGAAAUCUCUUCAAGACAUCAUGCAUGACACCAGUAAGAUAUCCAAGUCGCAUACUCUGAAAGAUCUGUUGGAAGCUUUAUUGAGUGCGUGGAUGGACCAGCUGGCCUUGCUGCGCCGAGGGUCACAACGCCAGCCUACAGACAAAGUUACGAGAUCUCUAGCAGAUAUUUACGUGGCAUUGGAUAUCUUUCAUCUGAUGGGCCUCUUGUUGGAGCCUUCUGUCGCUAUCGAUGGUAUUCAGAUGGUGUUGAGCUCCUUAAGUUUUGAUGCGUUAUCUUUGGAAGCUCGGCAACUUGCAUGGAUGCAGCGCUUUGUAUUUCAAGUGGAUCUUUUACAGCAGGAAGAGCUGGACAGUGUAUUAUGGCGUGAGCACCAACCGAUGCUGACUCAAUUGUUUCGAAGGUAUAUGACAGAAAUGAGUGUGGAGGCUGAGAUGAUGCGCCAGGUUUCGAAACGAGUUACGCGAGACAUUAGCAAUAGAGCGAUCGAAGACGCUGUGCGCGAUUGUCUGAACCCGGAACGGAGUCAACUGAUCACUUAUGAUGUAAACCUGGAGCUAUUCCGACUAUGCUCCGCCGCUGUGGCUGGUCCUGAGAAGGCUGCGUUCUACGCGUCAUGUACAGAUCUAUUAGCCUUGUCGUCCGAGUUUUCGCUUGCAUUUUCAGACGUUGCUAUUCACGAAUGGGAACUCUUGGCCGCACGAGCAAGUCUGAGAAGAUGUCUUAGUGGAGCGAAGACCCAGCGUCCUCAGAUACUACAAGCCUUGGUUGCUGUGGAGUUACGAUUGCGAAAUAUGAAGGCUGUAUCCAGUUUACUAGAUACUGAGAUGCAAGCGAACCCGCUGCUAUUAGAAUCUUGGCGUCUCACUGUGGGCCUGGAAGUCUUGUUAGGUGGAAAGUUGAGUGACAGGUCGAAGAUGAUUGCAGAAGAAAUGGAGCGGCGACAGUUGGUGUUCGUAUGCAACACAUUUGGGGAUGAUAAACUGUUGGACCAGAAGGGCAUUUCGUGGUGUCGAUAUCAACAAACUGAGUCACUGACCUUGCGGGGUCUUGGCUUGGAGUAUGUUCCGAACGUAAUUUUGCUCCAGAGUGAGUUGGUGUCGUUGAACAUUAGUGGAAAUGAACUGGUGGAGCUUCCCAUGGGUCUGCGUCAGCUGAAGAAUCUUCAAGAACUGGAUGCAUCUGAAAACGCGUUGUUGGAGCUUCCUGCAUGCGUUAAUAGCCUAACCAAACUGAAAGAACUGAGAUUCGCGCACAACAACAUGACCACGAUGUCAAUACCGGCUCUUCCUCAGCUCAAGGUCAUCGAUAUGUGCUGGAAUGCUGUAACCCAUCUGCGUGCAUCAGACGUAGCAACUCUUCCAAACCUCGAAGCACUGCAAGCUGAGGAAAACCAGGUUUCAGUGGAAGAGUUGACGAAAAUCUCGGAUCUGUUGGCAAAGCGUGAAACUGUAGUCUCCGCUCAAACGACCGAAGUUAACGUAUGUCAGCAGAAGAAAACCGAGGAAGAUACUGCAUCGAAGCAGCCGGUUCCUACAAAUCUGUCUGAUAGUAAUCAGAAUGAGGGCACAACUCAAGCGGAAGACACCAGAUCUGCGGAGAUCGAACAAGCCCCAGUCGCUACAGAAUGGGACGGAGAUCAAGUUAUGGAAGAAGCAACCGACCAAAUGGCAGCGGCGUCAAAUGAAGUUGAAGGAGAGGAAGCGGUCGUUGCGGAAAAGGUCGACUCAGGCAGAAGGGAGGAUGGCGACAAAUCUAUCGUAAUUGAUGACGACGAUGAUGCUCCAUCAGAGUCUAAAGAAGAGGACGGAGAUCAAAUCAUGACUGGAGAUAAGGCCACAAGAAUCGGUAGUUCAUCUUCAACAGAGUCGAAAGCUGUUGAUCAUCCCAGAGAGAUCAUUGAGCUAGAUAGCCCCAAAUCGACUGAAGGAAACGGAAAAGAGACUACAGCUCAAGAAAUUCAUCUCCAGAAAUCUACUGGCAACAAGGAUAGACAGGACACGACUGAUUCAAACCCUGUGGAUGCUCAGUCGAUCCCAACUGGUGACGGUGUAAGCACAGAAAACAUCUCAGGAGUUGAAGACUUUGCUCAUAACCACUCAGAAGACGUCACAGCUUCAGCCGUUCGGCGCCAGUCUAGCCAUGAUGUGGCUGCACUCGCACGGAGAAAACUCACUGCGUAUAUGGAUCAAAAUCAAAUCGAUAAUCGUGCCGAAGUGCGAAAGCGCAACCCGACACUGUGGCGAGAGUUUAUAGCUGCCAGUCUUCCUGUAAGUUUGGAGUUACCGGCAUGCAGGUUGUGCUUCGCAGCAAAUGAUGGCCACAACCAGCGGUUUAACUCCACCGUGCUAUGUGUACGGUGCCUGGAAGACGCUCUACCUGUGUUGAAAGAUCGGAGCGAACACUCAGAUAUAACGGAGGAAUUCGUCUAAAUGGCAAAUGUACAACCGGAUGUCUGCAUCUACCAAAAAUCGAUUACUUUCAUGUUCAUGCCGCCAAUGGGAAUCAAUUCAGAUUUACAGCUCAUCCUUUUACUUUCCUACGCUCCUCGAGAAGGAGACCUUGUGCGUUGACUACUACGAUCAACAAUGUAAUCGCUUUGGCUCGUCGCGUGUUUGAGUUGUUGAGGUUCACGAGAACUCCUGAUGUUAUCGUGGUUAUUCAAUUGCUUCUUCUGCAAAAUUCAAGUUUCGAGGGAGAAAUGAGUUAAACGUGUUCAAAACUUUUGGUUCAUCUCUUACCAGGCGACGUUCGUUCAAGAGGAAGUCCUGUUGAAUUCCAGUCAAAGAUCGAUCCGUAGUUGUAGCUGACUGUAAAAAUUGCUGAUGCACCGCCAAUGACGCUACCCGCGAUGAUCGCUGUAGUGGUGCUGGUUGUCGAUGGAGCGCGUCACAGCCACCCAGGGGGCGAGUAGAACUGGUUGGCAACAAAAGAACAUCGUGACGGCUUUCUUGCCAUCCCGGAUCGAGGAAAUGCUGCGAUUCUCGCAGUUCAAGCGUGAUCGACCCAGCAGGUAGAGCUGUCAUGGGAUGAAUAGCGUUAAGUGGAGUUGGUGAAUGAUGAAGAAAUAUACAAUGUACUGUCAGCACGAGCAUGGUUGCCCGAGCUAAGGAUGCAUGACCCGAAGGAAAGCUGCUACGCCCCUCUUUCUCACCAGCAGCAUCAGUGCACAAGGUGACGACUCCAUCCCAGACGAUAUCUUGAUCCACUUGCACAUUUGAUAGAAGCUAGGACGGAAGCACCCUGUGACGUUUAUGGUGAAGAUGGUGAAAACUCGGCCAGCGGUAUAGCCUGAAGAAAGCUGAGCAGGAAGUCUCGCGUGUCGUGAGCAAUGACUCGUACCUGACAGAACCUUAGAAGCACGAAAUUCACUACGAGGUUGAUACCAAUUGGUAAGCUGAGCCCGAACGUCAUUAGGGCCCGCAACGGCACUGCUGAAAGUCCGCAAAUCACACCCGUUAGACAUCUGGGGGUGUGUUGCUGAUCUACUUGUAGCAGAAGUACCAUGCUUGGGCAGCUUCUCGUGGUAUAGUGACCGAUCCAACGACCAGACCUCAGUCGUGGAGUUCAAGAAUACUUUGAUCCCAGGGACUGGUUGCUCAUUCUCUUCACUUGCUGCAAUUACAAGCACUAACAGGUAGAUGACGACAAUGUAAGAAAAAUCUAGCACGCGGUAUUCUCGCAGCACUUCGGAGCGAGGUUUGAUGCCAGACAGAAUUGCUGCAACAAUCUAUUUUUUAUUAAAGGCUUCGACGCUGCACAUUUACAGUCAGUCCGAGUUAUUGUUGCACCUAGCACUGCUAAUAUUGUUGCUGGAAAAGGCAAUUCAUUGCGCUUCACCAAGAAACUAGUUGCACUUGUAUAACCCUCUAUGGCAUGGUUGACUCGAUCAGUUGCUGUUUUGAGGGAGCGGUGAGUGCGUCAGCAUCAUUCACCUUUUGCGUUUGCUGCACAAGUAAUUAAUUGGAAAGCGCAAGUGAAUCAGCAAAUACACUUCAUGUAAAUGUUAGAAACAAAGCAACCUCGUCAAAUUCUUACCCUUUUAAGGUCGUGGAUGGUCUCGAUAG